CCAAUGAACGUAGUCGUAAAUAAAGUCUGUAUCACAUGAUUCAUGCUCGAUGCGUCGCAGCAUUUUCAAACGCGAUCGAGCGUUCUCGGGUAGGUUUUUUGUGAUGUAAUUGCAACGGUAAUAGCACCCCGAUAUCGUAGAUAACGAGAAGAAAGGUCAACAAUAAGGUCUGAUAGGAGGAUAAGGAGUGUACCGCAAUGUCCUGCGAUUGUUGUCGAGCCAUUGUCACGACACGAAGAGAUUGAUGCCAGAUGAAGUGGUGAUCCUUGCAUCUGUUUUUUAUCUGAAAUGUGUCGCUCUUAUCGGAGAAAGCUUCAAGUAUCGGUGCUGAGUGUUUGAACAAACGCUCUCUCGGCCAGCUAAAUGCAUACUAACGAUCGCACGAGAGUUGCUUUAUACGCUGUGCGGAACCUUAUAAUCUACUAUUACGUCGACUCUUCAAUUUAAACCUGUCGGCGAGUCCGUCGCAAAGCCGCCUCCGAUGUUUGACAGCUCCGAGCGUGGAAGCUUGGACGCUGACAUCGCGUGACUUGCUACUUCGAAACGGAAAACGAUUCGGCCGCGUUCGGUAUAAGCAUGAACAAAUCCGUGGAGAACCUAUUGAUAUCUAGUCAUGAGGUAAUUAGCAGCAUCAAUUCUUCCAGCUUGGGUAAUCAAAGUUCUGCAGCAAAUUUAGGAAAUAUAACGUCUACGGAAAACGCUCAAGAAACGCUCUCUGGAUCUGCUGUUGAACGUAAUAGUCCUGUGUCCAGUCCUAACUUAUCCCCACGCCCUAGUCCAAGAGCGUACAAUAGGCGAGAAUAUUCUAGAUUACAUUCUGAUUCCGCUACCAAAGAGUCACUUCGUUUAAACAAAUCGGAAGAUCAACUAUCUUCUCAGGAUCAGAUAAAUAGAUCAUCGGACUCGACCGAGCUCAGUAAGAGCUCCGUUCACGAGGGUAAAAAAGAGGCACGCAGUAGUGACCGGAGUAAGAAGAAGUCAUCCUGGUAUAAUGUGCUUUAUCCAACUUACAAGUCUCGUUCCGAAGAUUUUAAGCGAAUAUUCAAGGACGUGCCUGAUGACGAGAGGUUGGUGGUAGAUUAUUCUUGUGCUCUACAGCGUGAAAUAUUGGUACAUGGUAGACUUUAUGUAUCUCAAAAUUAUGUGUGCUUUUAUGCUAAUAUAUUUAUGUGGGAGACAUUAGUCUCCUUACGUUGGAAAGAUGUUACAUCUAUUACCAAAGAAAAAACUGCGCUUGUCAUUCCAAAUGCUAUCCUGAUAUGCACCGUUACUGACAAGUUCUUCCUAACAUCGUUUGGAGCGAGAGAUAAAACAUAUGUGAUGUUAUUUCGUGUUUGGCAAAAUGCUCUUAUUGGCGAGCCUAUGAGUAUGGCUGAAAUGUGGCAACUUGUACACGCUUGUUACGGUGAUGAAUUAGGCUUGACUUCUGACGACGAAGAUUACGUGCCACCGUUACCCGCAGCAGACGAAGAAAAGUUGUCGACUCGUCUCUCUGUAGAAUCUUUUUCUGAAGCCGAGGGAGUGACAAUGGAGAACACUGCAACCCCAGCCGCGGAUUCCGCUCCUACUGAGCUCGCUGAAUCCCAACAGCCUCAACCACCGCAGGUUCAGCAGCCUCCGUCAUUGCCCAGAUCGGAACCUGUUCUCGACCUGACGGAUUUAAGCGAUACGACGGAAAGCGAGGCCGAAAAACACGGUCUGAAAAUAAACAUGCGGAGCUCCAUGGUCUGUACCUCCCUGCAUGAAGGUCGGCAAGUUAACCAAGCGACAUUGCCUAUUCACAUCGACCAGCUAUUUACAUUACUCUUCACAAAUUCGAAAUUCUUCUUAGAUUUUCAUACUGCCCGCAAGACCACCGAUUUGAUACAAUCUGCAUGGACGCAAAACGAGCAAACUGAUCAGAAGAUGAGAACACUUUCGUUCACAGUAUUCUUGCCACAUUCUACUUUCGGCCCGAAAACAUGCCAUGUUACGGAGACACAGGUGAUGCUACCGUGUAGCAGACCGGGCCAUAAUUAUUGUAUCGACGUGGAGAACGUUAAUAGCGGUGUACCCUAUGCCGAUUCAUUCAGCGUUUUGACGCAUUAUUGUAUAAAUAGUGUUUCCGAGAACGAAACAAAUAUCACAGUUUUCUCACAGAUCAAGUACAAAAGGAAUAUGUGGGGUUUAAUGAAGACUAUGAUUGAGAAGAAUUGUUGGUCAGGCUUAGAAGAGUAUUUCAGUAGUUUAGUAAAGGCAUUAAUGAUGGAAGCCGAAGAAGGUAGUGCAAGCGGAGGCUUGAAGCGGAAAACGAGGAAACGACGGCGCGCGACGGGCGUCGGGUCCGCGUUGCAAAUUCAUGCCUCCGAACACAUAAUUACGAAUCACCAAAUCUCUCCUUCCAAUUCGCCGCACGCUCAUGGUAAAUCCGUUACUGUUAGAAGCGACACCAAUAUGAUUCUCAGCACGAUAUUGUUGAUUGCUGUGCUGUGUUUAAUGGUAAUUAACGGCUUGUUGUAUUAUAAAUUGUGGGGACUCGAAGAAGCUGCUGCGUACACUAUUAUGGAUCUACAUGUAUUAAAAAAUACGCCAAAGACUGAAGAAGACUGGAUCAAUCUUUUGCAACAGCAAGAAAGUUUGCACAAUGUAGAAAUGAGAAAAUGGCAGAGGGUUCUACAUACAGCCGCACAACUACUUAGGCAGACAGAGGAAUCUUUAACGGAACUACAAAUGAGCAUUCAUCCUACCGCAACGGAAAAGAUGUUCUCGGUGUUGAAGCCAAGUUUGAAAAAUGCCGAUUCACGUACAGAACGGCGAACCAAGACGGAAAUGUAAAAUAAUAGUUUUUGUUUUUGUUUUUACGAUUGUAAAAAUCAUGUGAGCAUUAUGCAUAAAAUAUAGUUUCGCAAAUAUUAUGGAAUUUUAACACGCAAACCGACCACGUAGAACAUCUACGGGCUGUUAAAAAAUGUGUAUUCUUCCUAUUAUUGUCACUUUAAAGUUGUUGAUGGUUCUUAUGCGCUAUAGGUGUACAGUUUUAUUGUUCGAAUAUAAUAAUCGUUACGGUAAUUUACUACGGGAGACAAUGGUGUGCAAAAAAGUUGUAUGUAGAAUCUACUUAACUAAUGAAACUUGUGAUUUUAGUUUUAGAUCAAUUAGAGUUGAUUCAGGGUUCGUAAUAUGUACAUUUUUAAUGACUAGAAUUGCGACGUUAGAGACGAGAAAACUAGAAAUAUAUAUGAGAAUGUCAGAGAUACUUGAUAAAAAUGAACAGAUGGGAAAGUUUAUUUGCUGUAAUAAUAUUCUUUAACUUAUUGGUUACAGUCUUGUAUUUACCAUUUCCUGUUUUAUAUGGAUGUGGUAUUGAAGCACCGUUCUUGGUAUUUAUUCAUUCCACAAGCAAAAUAUCGAACGUAAGGUGGACUUUUUUUAGAUGUGUAGUUUGAUAACGUUCUUCCUUCAUCUAAUUUUCAGAUGAAAUUCUUGAAACUACGUGAUUUUCCAGCAAAGUCUUUCCAUUCUUCGAUCGUCCACUUCGUAGUUCGGAUAUUUUCAUAGCAAUGUGACUUAGCAACUCUGAUUUAGUUGUAAAAAAUUCAGUAUUUUAUCUUAAAAGUAAAAUAUUUAUAGCUCGCAAUGUCAGAGUAAAAGUCAAAUUGUAAAAACCGUUCACGCACAUAAAACAUUUUCUGCGACUUCCUUUUCUUACCUCUAACGUCGUAAUUUAAAAUGAGACAUAGAGUUGUCAUUGGUAAUUCUUGAUGUCAAUAGUCUUUAAUGUCAAGAAUCUAGUGCAUAACAUAUUUGGUGUAUGAUAUUGAAUGUAAGCUUUAAAUUUAAGCAUUACGAGGUGAAUGUUACAAGCAAUAGAUGAUUUUUAGAAUGA